GGCUCUCUCACUCACACGCUGCCAGACUUCCAGGAGUAGGCGGCGCUGCCAGGCCAAGCUUUUAAGAGAAAAACUUCUCUUCCAUUCAUGGAUCUAUGUUUUUCUCUUCGGGGAUUUGGAGGAAGGACAAUGGUUCGCGUCGCCGGGCAUUUUGGAGCGUCAUCCGGGAGGGAAAGGCCACACGUAGUCCACAGCACAAAGUUGUAAAGAAAAGUAGUGCCCCACUUCCACUCGCUCACACUCGGUGCUUGUCCCCUUUGAAGAGCCCCGACCAUCAUGGCGAGGCGGACCAGGCACCGCGCUUGGCCUUUGACGCCGAAACCGAGCGCUCCUUUCCGGGAUACGCUGCUCGGUCUACGCGGGAGCUUGUCGGCUUGUUUGUGGAGCGUCGCGUUAAUGUGCUCGGCUCUUUCUUGUGGAUAUUGUCGAACCGACACGGAGUUUUCCAUUCUGGAAGAAGCACAAGUUUUGUCCGAGCAGAUGAAGAAGCUAUCCACACAGGAGCUCGGAGUCUUUACUAUGCAGAGGAUUUUCAACUCGUUUGUGUACACCGAGAAGACAUCAAACGGAGAGACAGAAGUCCAACAGCUAGCCAAGAAGAUUCGGGAGAAGUUUAACCGCUACCUUGACGUGGUGAACAGGAACAAACAGGUGGUGGAGGCUUCGUACACUGCUCACCUCACCUCUCCUCUCACUGCAAUACAGGACUGCUGCUCCAUACCAACAUCAAUGAUGGAGUUUGAUGGAAAUUUCAACACCAAUGUGUCUAAGACCAUCUGCUGCGACAGACUCUCGCCCACCGUCAACAGCCGAGCUUUCAACCCCGGAAGAGACCUCAACUCAGUGUUGGCAGACAACCUCAAAUCCAACCCAGGGAUCAAGUGGCAGUACUUCAGCUCCGAGGAGGGCAUUUUCACUGUGUUCCCGGCCCACAAGUUCCAUUGUAAAGGAAGUUAUGAACACCGCAGCAGGCCUGUGUAUGUUUCUGCAGUGCGUCCCCAAUCUAAACAUAUUGUUGUGAUGGUGGAUCACGGAGCGUCUGUUACUGAAACUCAACUUCAAAUUGCCAGAGACUCGGCACUGGUUAUCCUUAAUGCAAUAGAUGAACAUGACAAGAUUGCCGUUCUGUCAGUGGCAGACAUGGUCCGCUCCUGCUCUCUGGACCAGUGCUACAAGAGUCUGCUUUCUCCAGCCACCAGUGAGACGAAGCGGAAGAUGAGCACCUUCAUCUCAAACAUCAAGUCCUCUGAUGGCACCACGCAACAUGCAGCAGGCUUCCAAAGGGCUUUUCAUCUGCUUAGAAACACCAGCAGCCUCAGCAAGCAGAGCACCACCACAGACAUGGUUAUCAUCUACCUAUCCUCUGGGAUUACAUCUCGAGAGUCAUCAGAGCAGGAGAAGAAAGCAACGCUCAGUGUGGUCAAAGAAGAGAACCGACACUUCAACAACUCUGUCAUGAUCCUCACAUAUGCACUCAUGAAUGAGGGAAUAACAGGUCUGAAGGAGCUGGCCUUCCUGCGAGACCUCGCUGAGCAGAAUUCGGUGAAGUAUGGCGUUGACCGCUUUCCUGUGGCAUCCUCAUCUGGAUCAGCCGCAGUUUCCAUGAUGCCUGUCGUGAAGGGCAGCAUGAUGGUGCUCAACCAGCUUAGCAACCUGGAGACCACAGUGGGCCGCUUCUACAUCAACUUGUCCAACCGUAUGAUCGACCUUGUCCGCUUCAGUCUGCCUUACGCUGACCCAAUGGGAGACGGCUUUAUUAUGACUGUGAGUCGGCCCUGUUAUUUCGGGAACCUGCUCUUGGGUGUGGUCGGAGUGGAUGUAAACCUUGCCUACAUUUUGGAGGAUGUCACAUAUUAUCAAGACUCGCUGGCUUCAUACACCUUCCUCAUUGACAACAAAGGUUAUACCCUGAUGCACCCAUCACUAACGCGGCCUUACCUGAUGAAUGAGCCUCCUCUUCACACAGACAUUAUCCACUAUGAGAAUAUUCCUGGAUUCCAUGUUGUACGAAGGAACAUCCUCAACCUCCCAUUGGGGAGUCAGGUCAUCGCUGUUCCGGUCAACUCAUCUUUGUCCUGGCACACCAACCGAAUCCGAGACAACAGCAAAGAUGCGUAUAAUGUCAGCUAUGCCUGGAAGCUGGUUCAGGACACGUCGUUCAUCCUGUGCAUAGUGUACGUGCAGCCAGAGAUUCCAGUGAAACACCUCAAAAACCUGAACACCGCUCCCAGCUCCAAGCUCCUGUACCAUCGUUUAGACCUGUUGGGUCAGCCCAGCUCUUGCCUCCAUUUUAAACAGCUUGCAACCGUUGAAUCCCCCACAGUGAUGCUGGCAGCUGGUAGCUUCUCAUCUCCCUAUGAGCACCUGAGUCAGCCAGAAACAAAGCGCAUGGUGGAGCACUACACGGCCUACCUGAGUGAUAACACUAGGCUCAUCGCCAACCCAGGCCUCAAGUCCUCUGUCAGGAACGAGGUUAUGGCAACCAGUCACGUCACGGAUGAGUGGAUGACACUAAUGGAAAUGAGUAGCCUCAACUGCUACAUUGUGCGGCGUUACAUAGCAACGCCCAGUGGGGUGCUUCGGAUUUACCCUGGAUCAUUGAUGGACAAAGCCUUUGACCCGACCCGCAGACAAUGGUACCAGCACGCUGUGGCUAACCCGGGCCUCAUCACCUUCACUGGGCCUUACUUGGACGUGGGUGGUGCAGGCUACGUUGUUACCAUCAGCCACACCAUCCAUGCCUCAAGCGCUCAGAUGGCCCCUGGCUAUGCCGUUGCAGUGAUGGGUAUAGACUUUACCCUACGCUACUUCUAUAAAGUUCUAUUGGACCUUCUUCCCAUUUGCAACCAGGACAAGGGAAACAAGAUCAGGUGCUUUAUAAUGGAGGACAGAGGUUACCUGGUGGCCCACCCCACUCUCAUUGACCCAAAAGGCCAUGCCCCUGCAGAGCAACAGCACAUCACACACAAGGAGCCUUUGGUUGCCAAUGACAUACUGAACCAUCCCAACUUUGUGAAGAAGAACCUAUGCAACAGCUUCAGCGAUCGCACUGUGCAGCGCUUCUACAAGUUCAACACCAGCAUCAUGGGGGACCUAACCAACCUUGUCCACGGGAGCCAUUGCUCUAAGUAUCGUCUGACCCGAAUACCUGGCACCAACGCCUUUGCCGGCAUUGUCAAUGAGACGUGUGAUUCUCUGGCUUUCUGCGCCUGCAGCACAGUGGAUCGCCUUUGUCUCAACUGCCACAGAAUGGAGCAGAAUGAGUGUGAGUGCCCAUGUGAGUGCCCUCUAGAGGUGAAUGAGUGUACUGGCAACCUCACCAAUGCUGAAAACAGAAAUCCUAGCUGUGAGGUUCAUCAGGAGCCAAUCAGUUUGAAUGUGAUCGAUCCCAGUCUACAGGACACACUGCCUCAAUGUGUCAACACCCGCUGCAGUCAGAGAUACAGUAGCAGCGACUGCUUUGGUGUUUUGGACUGUGAGUGGUGCAUGGUGGACAGCGAUGGCAAGACCCAUCUGGACAAGCCAUACUGUGCCCUGCAGAAGGAGUGCUUCGGGGGUAUUGUCGGUGCAAAGAGUCCAUAUGUGGACACCAUGGGCCUCCUUGACGAGGAGGUGACAUCUCUGAACAUGAUCAAGAGUGCCCCUGUGGGUCCGGUUGCUGGUGGUAUCAUGGGAUGCAUCAUGGUACUGGUACUGGCUGUUUACGCGUACAGACACCAGAUCCACAGGCGCUCGCACCAGCACAUGUCGCCACUGGCGGCACAAGAAAUGUCAGUGAGAAUGUCCAACCUUGAUAAUGACAGAGAUGAGAGGGAUGAUGACAGCCAUGAGGACCGAGGCAUAAUAAGUAAUACUCGAUUUAUUGCUGCGGUGAUCGAGAGGCACACUCACACUCCAGAACGACGGCGGAGGUACUGGGGCAGAUCUGGCACAGAGAGUGACCACGGCUACAGCACGAUGAGUCCUCAAGAGGACAGCGAAAAUCCACCGGGCAACAACGACCCGCUUUCGGCCGGCGUCGACGUUGGUAACCACGACGACGACCUGGACCUGGACACCCCCCCUCAGACGGCAGCCUUACUCAGCCACAAAUUCUACCCUUACCGGCACACGCACACACACCAUCACCCGCUGCACACGCACCACCUCCAAGCGGCGGUCACCGUUCACAGUGUGGAUGCCGAGUGCUGAUCCGCGACUGGGAUCGAAUUCCAGAAACUUUCUGAUUUAGACACUUCACAAUGAGCUCCUCGUUGUUGCCAGUAACUUUUUUUUUUUUUUUUUUCCCCCCACUGACCUGAACUCAACUGUGUUUUUUACACAAAGUGAAAAUGAGCAAGCAUUCUUUUUUUUUUUUUUUAACUUUGUUUUCUGAAGGAAUUCUUCUGGACUCUUUUUAGGAGCAACCUUAAAAACAAAUAAAGCACAUUUCGGGGAUGUUCGUCGGAACAGCCGGUGGCUUAAACCCGUGAAUAAGCUUAAUUUCCCCACGGAGGGCCAACAUGGACACAAAGCAGCGGAUUUGUCUCAAGCCGAGCCACAAAGUUCUUUCUUGCCAUCGCUCCUGGUUCGCAGGAAUGUCUGACCUCAUCCACAUCCAUAAAUCUUACACUGAACUACAAAAACACUAUUAAGGUAAAUGAUUUCCCAAAAAUAUUUAUUCCUGAUUGCCAGACAGAUCCAAGAGCUGCAUCCGGUCAUGAUGUGAUAUUUGUCGACACACGUUGGUGUCUCACUGUUAUGUAAACUAUGAGCCCUAAUCUCGUGCUGUGUGAUUGCAAUUCAAAAUGCAAAGCCAUUUGACCAUGUAUUAGAUAUCCUUGAUAUCCAUCUUAAGUUCCAUGUACUAAUACACUUUUUGUGUGUUACUCAUUCAGUACACUAGUAGUCUUACUGGUAAUGUUAUUCCCCACCACCACUGUGUCACAACUGCAUGAGGUUUUGCAGGCAUACUUUGUAGAGCAACUACAUGCUACUAGUGGGGCCAAUCUGUGUGUGCUACUCGUUCUACUCGUGACUAAAUUACUAGCAGUGUCGCAGUUGUCUACUCGUGCACUGAAUUGUCCUACUUGUGAGGACAAAGUGUACUGAGUACGUGGAUAUCAAGGACACAGAAUAAAUGCUCAAAUGGCUUUCCAUAAUUCAACUGGAACUUUUUUCUGUGUACACUUUCUGGAUGUAACAUUCUUUCCGUGUCAUCUCACAACAAGGAAGUUGGCGGCCUCUGCGGUGUUCCCCCCACCGCCAAUACAAGCUGAGAUGACUCAGACACUGCUGGAUUUUCACUGUGUCCUGACACCUGGAGAGUCUCGCAAUGUGUGUGCAGAAUUGGACCGGACUUAGAAGUUUAGAAAUGCCCAAGUUGGAAAAUUAUUGUUGUUGAAGAAGAAUGGGAGGGAGAGUUGCUGCUGUUUUACUGAGGAGGGGCCCGUCUGCCAGCUCCUCUGUGGUUAACCACUCACAAGCGUGUUUUGUUUUGGUCCUUUUUUUUUUUUGUGGACAGUUCUCUUUAUGUGGUUGCUGAUGCACACAAGAAGAAUGACAGGAAUAACUUUUGUUUACUUUGUGUUAGCGUGUGUGCAUUUUUAUUGAAUGCAUCCUUGUAUUUUUCCUCAUGGUAUAGAAUCUAGUUGAUUAAUCCAUUUAUAUUGUAUUCCUCCUGAUGAAGUCACGACCCGAUCUGCGCUCAGUGGCUUCGAUUGUACAUGUGGUCAAAUUUUGGCUUUUCGGUACAAACUUGUCCGUCUGUUGUUUUCCAGAGAUACUUUAUGAAGUGUAAACGGAGAAUCAUAAAUAGCUAUCGCGCCAUUUUUAUUGUUGACAAGUAAGCCUCGAAUGAUCUUCUGAUGUUCAGGUCGAUAUGGAAGUGUGUGUUCAUGGUGUCUCGCUAUAUUUUGGAUGCCUUGGAAAUAUGUUUUAGGGUUCAUUUUCAUUUAGGUCCAUAUUGGAUGGAAGUCAUUACAUGGAAGAGUUCAUACUUACUCACUUUUACAUGAGACAUUGUUUUUAAAAGAAUUGUUGUGUAUUGUCAAAGCUACAAAACGUUACUGUAGAUACGGAAAGAGAACGGUACAUUUUUACGCAGACCAAUAACUCAAAAAAGCUGAAGUGUCGUAUUCUGCUGUGCCCUACAAGCUACAUUAAUUUUCAUUAUUGUGGUGUGAUUCCCGAAUUAGAAAAAGAUUGGCGCACGCGCUGUGACUCCGUCAAAUCAAGAAGCAGGUGAAUUAGGGUCACACCGACAAGACACAAAAACAUAUUACGGGACUGAAUCACACAGUUUGUAAUUUCAUGAGAAUAGUUUAUCUUUAUAACAAGUGAACAAGAAAAUGAAGAAAAAUUUAAUUGUACAAGAAUAUAGUCGCAAUAUUAAGAGCAUGAACUUAUACCUGUGCACUCAUGAAAUCAGAACUUUUCCCUCAUGAUAUUACAGCUUUCUUUGUAACAACACUUUUCUCUUAAUAUUACGACUAUUCUCAUAACUGUACCCCGAGUACAUCUUUGUACUCUUAUAAUAAUAUCUACCUGCUUCUUCUUGAAUAUUUACACUACCCUUACUCAUUGAGUGUUUUGGCUUCAGUUUACUCAUGGGGUUUACAAGUCAUAAUUCCAGUCCAGGCAGAUGUAUUGGGCAAUUAUGUUUUCUGUUUUCAAAUCAUUUUAGAUUCUUGUCUUUGGGCAUUUUUUUUUUCUUUCUGGAAAUUGUCAUAGUUUUUUUUUUUUUUUUUUUUUUUUUAACAGUAUUUACCAGCUGUUUAUAUGCCCUGUGCGCGUAUACAGAAGUAACAUUAAAUCGUGUACUGAAGAAUGUACAUCACUC